ACGGACGGGAUGGACGGCGAGAGCUGGGUACCGCAGCCUUUCUCCCCGGGGCCCCCGGGCGGAGCUGGCGGCGGCGGCGGGGCUGGCAGUGGCGGCGGGGAGAGCCCACGGGGCGGCGGCGGGGCUGCCGUCCUGCUGCAGCCCGAGGUGCUGGACCUAGAUGAGGACGAGGAUGACCUGGAGGUCUUCAGCAAGGAUGCUUCCCUGAUGGACAUGAACUCUUUAAGUCCCUUGAUGCCAACAUCCCCUUUAUCCAUGAUAAACCAAUACAAGUUUGAAGAUGAGCCAGACUCAAAGGACCUUUUCAUUACAGUCGAUGAUCCCGAAAGCCACAUUACUACGAUUGAAACUUUCAUCACCUACAGAGUUACAACUAAGACAUCUCGGGGUGAAUUUGAUUCUAGUGAAUUUGAAGUUCGAAGACGUUAUCAAGAUUUUCUUUGGUUAAAGGGAAAACUUGAAGAAGCACAUCCCACCCUCAUUAUUCCUCCUUUGCCAGAAAAAUUCAUAAUGAAAGGCAUGGUGGAGCGGUUUAAUGAUGACUUCAUUGAGACUCGAAGAAAGGCACUGCAUAAAUUCUUAAAUCGAAUUGCUGAUCACCCAACUUUAACUUUUAAUGAAGACUUCAAAGUUUUUCUUACUGCACAAGCCUGGGAACUCUCUUCGCACAAGAAACAAGGUCCUGGAUUGCUUAGCAGGAUGGGGCAGACAGUCAGAGCUGUAGCAUCCUCAGUGAGAGGAGUUAAAAACCGCCCUGAUGAGUUCAUUGAAAUGAAUGAUUAUUUGGGAACAUUUAGCCAGGAGAUAAACUUAAUAGACAAAAUAUCUCAUAGAAUUUACAAGGAAGAAAAGGAGUAUUUUGAGGAAAUGAAGGAAUAUGGACCAAUCUACACCUUGUGGUCAGCAUCUGAAGAGGAUCUGGUUGACUCCCUGAAAGGUGUGGCCAGCUGCAUUGACAAGUGCUGUAAGGCCACUGAAAAACGGAUAUUUGACCUUUCUGAGACACUGCUUCCAGUUGUACAUGAAUAUGUUCUUUAUAGUGAAAUAUUAAUGGGAGUUUUGAAAAGAAGAGACCAAAUUCAAGCAGAACUGGAUUCCAAAGUUGAAGCUUUGACCAACAGAAAGGCUGAAAAGGAGUUGCUUACAGAAGAGAUUGGAAAACUAGAAGAUAAGGUGGAAUGUGCUAAUAAUGCUCUGAAAUCUGACUGGGGGAGAUGGAAACAAAACAUGCAAAAUGAUAUCAAGUUGGCAUUUACAGAUAUGGCUGAGAAAAAUAUCAGCUACUACGAACAGUGCCUUGCCACAUGGGAAUCCUUCCUUACAACUCAAACUGACCAUCAUCUGGAAGAAACAUCUGAAGAUAAACUUUGAGCAUACCUAAGGACUUUUUGCCUAAGCUUUGGUGAUAUAGUGCCUACCAACCAAAGACAUUCUUUUUGGGUGGGCUGCAUUUAAUAUAACGGGGUCAAAAUGUGGUCACUGCAUCUGGAAAGCCAAUAAUUUGAAAACUCAGGUACUCCAGUGUUCUCACCUGCAUUUUGAUCAUGGUAUACAUAUAUAUUGCUUAGUUUCAAUUCAUUUAUUCCAAAAUUUUUGUCUGUAAGUAUUUGCAUACAGUAAUUGUUUUCUCAAAAAUUCUCAAACUGGGAUAUGACAUUUUAUUGUAAAGGCUCCAUUGAAUAAAAAAGUUUAAUAAGAAAUGCCUGAAUUUCAUGGAUAGUUCAUAUCUGCAAUCUGGAUGUAUUUCAGAUAUGUUUACUCUACGGAUGCUUUGUAUGAUAUUGAACAAUUUUAUUGUGUGUGCAUUACUUGAAGGACUGAAAGAUUAACUAAAUGAACAAAGGACCUGGAGUGAAGUGA